AUGCCCGAACUCCCCCAGGUCCACCCCGAAGUCACAUGGGCUCAGCGCUCUUCGGACUCGGAUGCCGAACGCAACUACCUCUACGUUAGCAUCAAGGCUGCCGAUGUUGCCCGUCCUGCCGCAACUAUCGACAUCAAGCCUACCAGUGUCACUUUCACAGGCGACUCCAAGAAGGGCGUAAAAUACCACGUCUCCUUGGAUCUGUUUGCCGAGAUCGACCCCGAGAACAGCAAGGUCAACCACACUGACCGUGAGGUCGAGCUGGUGCUGCGCAAGAAGGAGCUCAAGGCAGAGUACUGGCCCCGUCUGCUGAAGACCACCCAGAAGAUUCAUUUCUUGAAGACCGACUUCGACAAGUGGGUUGAUGAGGAUGAGCAAGACGAGGUGAACGAGGACGACUACGCAAACAACUUCGGUGGUUUCGAAGGCCUUGGAGGAGAGGGUGGUCUCUCUAACAUUGACUUCUCCAAGCUUGGUGCCGGUCUCGGCGGUGAUGCCGGUGCUGCUGGAGAGGAAGAAGAGGAGGAGGAAAUGCCCGAGCUUGAGGAGGGCGAGGCUGAGGGUGCCAAGUCUUCCAAGAUCCAGGAGGUUUCCUAA